CUCCUGGUUCUCGUUCGUUUAGUUGCUUGCUUCAAAGUUUGUAACUUUGGUAACUAAUUCUUCUGGCAUCGAUUGAUUCAGCAUAAAUUUUCUCAUAAAAAGAAUCGCCUCUGUUCCCAGUUCUGUCGCUUCCAUUCCAUUUAUGAAUUUCCCUUGUAGACGCGCGGGUGGUAGGUGUUUCUUCAAUAUUCCUCGUGAACGUUCGUCGCCCUGUCUCUUUUCAUCGACGUAAUUGAUAAUAUCUUGCAAAGCAUCAACAUCGUUCAUUUUCAUGAAGGGGCAUGUCGCACAACCACCAGCAGUAGAACAUCCUUCUCCACCAGCCACACCCGGAACGAUGGAAAGUUCAUUUUCCGAGCUGUUGAUGGAAUUGGUUUCGCAAUCUUCAACAGACAUAACUGCUUCUGAACUCACAGGGAAUAUGAUUUCUGCCUCGACUCGUCGUCCUUCUGAAUUCGAGGAAGCAUCUCCCAAGAUUUCCUGUACUUUUUCGACGAUUGAUGUGACCAUUCCAGCUUCUGUACCCAAGAUAAAACGUAGUUUUCUAUCUUUAGCCUUAUCAGAAGUAGCUGUAUUCGCAGCAUCUUGGACCUUUCGGCUAAUAAAAUUCAAUAUAUCUGCAGUUGAUCCUACAACACCUUCGUCGUUUAGCGACUUCCUCAUUCCAAUCUCAAACAUUUCACCGGGUACUUCUAGAUGAGCAGUGAUAUACGUAUCGGGCUCGUUCUCGUAUGUUGUUCUAACUGUCUCUGUGACCUGGUUUCCAAACAUGUGAUGUACAACACAAUUUCCUUGCGGGAAUACCCUUAAAUUAUCCUUCAGAGAUUUCAGACUGGCAUUUGUGUGUCCGGGAUGCAAUUCCGAUUUGAUUCUCUCGUCGCUCCAGUCGCUUGACUCUUCAAUGACUUCGAACAGCCUCUCGAGAUUUUGUCCCAUGUACGUAUCCGGGCCAUAAAGUACCCUCAAAUUG